AUAUAAUAAAAAUAUAAUUCAAUAAUGGAAGACCUUAAAAAAUAGUACAGCAAGAUAAAUAAUGAGUUAAGAGAACAAAUCAUUCAUUAGAUAUUGACUGAGAAGAAAUCAAUUGCAGAUGUAAUUCUAAUAUAUAUUUAUCAAAAGGUUGCCUAAGAACACAAUAUAUUACAAUCUACCUGUAAAUCCAUUAUCAACACAUAUAUGAGGGAAGGAAGAGUAGGUAAAAAGGAGAGUCGAGUAAGGAAACUUAAAAAAAUUAUUCGAAUAUAUGAUAUUGUUUUAAACCCAGUUCAACCAUAGAUGUCCACUUAUCUCUAUUGCUAAAAAACAGAAAACUGUAUUGAAAAAUCAAUUAAGAGUUAAAAGGAAGAAAAUGAUUAAAAAGAAAUUUAAGACAAUGAGAAUAAGAAUAAUUUUAUGAUGCUUUCUUUUUGGUGUGAAUAAAUCAAGAAUUAACUCACAUCUUUAACAUAAUCUAAUUAUGUUUUUCAUCCAUUCACUUAACCUUAUUAGAAAUGAC